GCCGGGACAUCGGCGCGCGCGCGCGUUUUGAAGUGUUUUUCUGUGGUUCAUCGAUAGUUUGUGUACUUGUUUUGUGCGUUGUGAUUAAUGGAUAUUAUUAUACACGAUAUCGAGUUCCGGAUUUCGAGGUGAAAAGUUGGACAUCGACCUAAUAUUAUGACACUUUGAAGAUAUAAAAAUAGCAUUUCAUAAUGCGGCGUUCAUUAUGUAAUUUACAUGACGUUUAAAGAAAUGAAUGACGUCACAAAUUGAACAGCUGAUCACGGAACAUAAUUAAAGGAAUAAAAAAUAAAAUAAAUAAUUUAAAAAUACUAUGAGGAGUUAAAUUUACUUUACACAUGGAUAAACAUCACUUUUCUUCUUAUAAUGAAGAUGGGUUUCGUUGUGUUUCGAAAAGUAUUUUAAGUGAAAAUGGGAAAGGAUUUGUGCGUGUUUGUGAAAGUGCUGGUGAUAUUGACUAUGACAAGGACUAGCUUUGAGAUGAUGGAAUCAAAUGUGAUUCAAAUAUGGUCAGUUCCAGGCAGCGAGACUCGCCUGCCUUGUAACCUGGCUGCGUCUGUAAGGGAUGUUGCCAUGACCAUGUGGUUCAAAAAUAACGACAGGAUGCCCAUAUAUACUGUAGAUUUUAGAAAUGGACCACCAACACAUUGGGCUCUGGCAGGCGAGUUCGAAACGAGAGCUCACUUUGUCCUAAACGAGUCAGAUACUACCGCAGCCCAUCUAGUUAUUGAGAAGGUUACUCAGUAUGACGAAGCCUUAUAUAGAUGUAGGAUAGACUAUAUUGAUGCUCCUACAAAGAAUUAUAAAGUCAAUUUAACAGUCAUUGUACCUCCUGACCCACCCAGAAUAUAUGAUAGCGAGGGUCGAGAGAUCACUGGCAACUUGGCUGGACCUUAUCGAGAAGGACAGGAGCUCAAGCUGACCUGCCAGGCUCCUGGUGGUAAGCCCAUGCCUGAUAUCACUUGGUACCAUGGCAAUGAACGGCUAAGCAUCGCUAGAGACUCGUUCAAUUGUCAAGUGCACAUAAAAAGCUUGUCGCGUGAAAUGAGUGGGGCAAAACUACGGUGCAGAGUUGACCCGCCCCUAUUGCAGCACUUAGUCAAAGAUGUUUCGCUUAAGGUUUAUUUGAAGCCUCAAUAUGUAAGGGUGACUGGAAGCGGAGCGACUCGCGCUGGCCACGAAAGGUCAUUCGUUUGUACAACGCGCGGGUCAAAACCAGCCCCAAACAUCGACUGGUUUAUAAAUGCGCAAAAAAUCGACUCAGGGCUUACGCAGGUGGAAGUUGAUGGACAAUUAACAAGAAGUAUUCUGACUUGGCGUGUAAGACGAGAAGAUAGUGGCAGAGAGCUGGUCUGCCGCGUUUCCAACCCAUGGUUUCCAGCCUAUACUCUAGAAGAUUCUAUAGUACUAGAAGUAAUUUACCCACCAAUACCCCAAAUAUCUCUUAUCGAACCGAGGGAAUCUCACCAGCUUCGCGAAGACGAAGAUGCGGUAUUGCUAUGUUCUGCUGAUGCAUCACCACCAGCAUUUAACUUUUCAUUCUAUAAGGGAUUUGAGGAUCACCUAAUACGUGACGAUCCUGUUGGUGGUAUAUCUGUGGAAGGACAAAAACUGUUCCUCCAUGGUCUGAGGAGGCACCAUUCAGCCAGAUAUCGGUGCAGAGCGUGGAACUCAGAAGGCAGUGGAUUAAGUGAAGCACUUAGUUUGAAUAUAUUAUCUCGACCAGAAUGCUCUGCCGGUAACGUAGUUCAGCAAAUAGCUGGUGCCCCAGGUGGUGAAGUCAGAGCUCGAUGUUCUGUUAGUGCUCCUUCUGCAAGAGAUGCUGGACCACUUAAGUUUUAUUGGACUUAUAAUGGGACCAGGGACGUUCUUCCAAUUCCUGUAUCAAACGUAACAACAAUGGGUUCAAGUAGCACUGCUAUCCACGGAUUACCUAAUAUUGAUGACGAGGAUUUGGGCUGGUUAGCCUGCUGGGCCAGAAAUGAUAUUGGGAACCAAAGAGAACCAUGCUUAUUUAGGAUCAUGCCAGCUGGUUACCCCGAAUCACCGAGCAAUUGCGAAAUAGAGAAUGACAUUAUAAGAUGCGAGGCUGGACAUGACGGCGGUCUCCCUCAAUGGUUCGUUAUGGAGGCCCUUGGGGUUAAACAGCAGGAAGUACAACGAAAUGAUCUGGAUUCUGCUAUGAAUGAUCAAGGUAUUUCUGGGCGUGGAUUAACUGAGACAGUCUAUAAAACAAGCAAUGAUGCAACACCUCAAUUUCCUCUCGACUCUCUUUCUCCUGGACGUUAUACAUUUCUAAUAUAUGCUGUUAAUCCUCGUGGUCGAUCGUUACAACCCGCUGCGCUACAUAGUGUUCCUGUAAGGACUAUGGAAGACCUCGACCGACCAGGUUCGCUCCAGACCAUGACACCAUCUCCACCACAAUUAAGUCCCCAAGAUAACAGCGUGCCUUUGCUGGUUGGUGCAGUUCUUGCCUUGGUGAUGCUAACCAUUCUUACUACUCUCUGCGUCACAUUAGUGGUAAUGUGUAAGAAGAAACCUCGUCGUACGCGGGACACAGAACAGAAUGCCCUGACCCGUAACGUUGGAGUAUCUAUGUAUAGUGGAACAGCACUCUCGCCGAGCAUAGUACCGACCGUGGUGGUACGCGGUCACCGGGGAUCUAGAGUACUAGCUGCUCGAUGGUCAGGAGUCUUGGAUGAUACGCCACUUGCUGUACUUGCAUUAGAUACAAGGCCGCAUUGUAAGCUUGAAGCAGAUAUGGACACUCACAGUGAAGAUGAUAUCCAAGAAACUGAAUUCAUACGGCACGAGAACAUGGAGACACAAACCGAUUCCUGAAGAAAACCUGAAUGUUUUCCAUAAUGUGGUUGUAAAAAGACAAUAGAUAACCACGUGACUUCAACAUUGAGUCUUCGUACCACGUAAUUCCAAGUUUGCGUCAUCAGUGGUUUAUUUUAUAUAAUAUAUUAGUAUAUCUUAUACAUCAAUAUUAAGAUUUGUUGUCAAACGACUUCUUUAUUGUUCCUUGUUUACGAGUACCAAUAUUAGCCUAUUAUUGAAGGUACGUGGUAAUACUGUAGUACUUUACUCUAUUGCAGUGUUUCCCAACGGUUUUUUGCGCCAAGUAGUAGUAUGCUCAACUACAUACUAUAUCAUAGAUAAUUGUGUGUGUGUUCCUUUAAGAAACUUAAAUUAUAGGUUUUAGGAAGAAAUCACUAGAACUUGUUAGCAAAACACGGGUAGUAAAACAUAUAAUCUAAAGCUGACAUUCAAAUUCCAAAUAAUUUUACAAAUUCCUUAACAAUUAAAUUGCCCCCUUGUGAAACGUGGGUCCCACGUUGGGAAACAUUACUAUAUUGUUAUUUUGUACAUUCGAGUGAUAAGUUAAAUGCAUUCAGUAUUAUGUAAGUGAUAUAAGGUAGAUUGCAAUUCAAGAUGGCGUGUACUAGUUUAUUAUUCGUCGUUAAUGAUAGGUUUUUAAUAUAGAUUACACUCUAUAUAACUGAAUAAAAUGCAUGACGAAGAAAAUAAAUGGCUAUGGGAAAGAUUCGGAGGUGAGACGAGAGGUAGCACGUUCUCC